UUAUUAACGCUGAUACCGCAGACAGAUUUCUCAGUUCCCAUCACCACUGAGAAACGCGAUUUAAGAUAGUAUCUUAAAUCGUGCUGAGAAGUAAUCGGACGUAAUAUUUUAGAUCGUACUUUUAUAUUGGAUCGGCUUUCAGCAGAAUAUUAUUACCGUCUCGACUGUAAACGUCCUUACAAAACGGUCUACAGUGGGUACUAGGUAUCAACUGAUAAUUCCAUCAUUUUAGAAAACGCUCGUGAGCGUGACCACUCUGUAGACUCGAUCAAACGUAAUUUGUUCACCUUCUUUUGAUAAUAUUAUAUUUACACCAUAUCUAUUUUUAAAUAUUGAAAAUACCUAAUUACGAAACGCUUUAAAUUUGUAAAUAAUACACAAACAAAAUCGCGGCAACGUGGCGUCCGAUUUUACGCGCAAUUUUAUAUGCCUUUGAAUGGUCGAAAUCACGUUCUCAACAACUUAUUCCAGCACUGCGCGCAAUCGUUGGUUUACCAAACAGGUAAAGCGCGCGCAUAUCGUUUUCUCGUCUAUUUUUCGCUGAUACCGUUCAACCAUUCAGUUAAUCAGUAGUCGGAUGCCGAAUGCCUUGUACUAGGAUAUCAUAAUUGUUAAUUGCUUUGCGCCUGUAAUUUGGUUAUUUUUUCUCAAAAUCGAAUUCAACAUGACGGAUCAGAUUAACUUUAAGAAAUAUAAAGAUCUGCUAUAUAAUAAUGAAGGAUCUAAAAAUAACGGAAAUUUAACACCAAUUUAUGGACCUUAUGAAAAACUAUACCUCAAUGAUUGGGGUCAAUCCGACAUACAUCAUGAGAUUGUGCAGGCCUUUGAUAAAAUGAAUAUUAAACAAAUGAAACCAAUACAACAGAAUUCAUUUUUAUACUUGACGAAACAUUAUAAUACGGCAAUGAUUGGCUUUUCAAAAGGAAAAUCAGUUUCUUACUUAGCAAGUAUUGGUUCUUCAAUUUUGAGCAACAGUAACAAUAAAGUGGAAAAUUGUGACAUUGGGCCUAAAGCUAUUAUACUGAGUAGUUCUCUAAGAUCAUGCUCUUUGUUAGAAGAUUUAUCAAAACUACUUUUCUCUUCAACUAAAAAUAAAAUUAAUAUUGUUGUAGCUUAUGAAUCUAUUUCAGUACAACACUCUAUAGCUGCUUUAUGUAAUGGUUGUGAUAUUUUAAUUGCUACUCCAACUGGCCUCCAUAAUUUAGUUACUCAAUCAAAAAUAUUUAGUUAUUCAAAUCUAAAACAUUUUGUUUUUGAUAAUAUAGAUCUACUACUGGAUAUCUAUAAAACUCAAAUAGCUUAUUUUUCUCAACUCUUAAUUAAACUUAAAGAAAAAGAAGGAUGUAGUAUACAAUUAAUAUCUGCAUCAGUCAAAUGGAAUAAAGAAGUAGAUAUGUUUUUAAACCAGUUGUUCCUAAAAUGGCAAUAUAUUUUUGGAUCUCCCCUAGAAGCUGUUCGUUAUAUGAAAAUAGGAUUUAAUGUUGUACUAGUCGAUGAUGAUAAACUAGAGAAAAUAUUACAGUUCCUUAAAAAUAAUAAAAAGUGUUAUCAAAGUGUUAUAGUUACAUCUAAUUCUAAUGAACUUGACAUGAUUUCUAGUUAUAUUGAACAACAUAGUUCUAGUAUAGAGGUAUUGGUGCCAUGUGAUAUGAGAAUUUCUAAUGUUUAUACAUUGCAACGAUGGAAUGACUCAUUAAAAAAAAAACAACGUGUAUUAAUUUGUUGUGACGAUAUGUUAAUAGAUUUUUGUAUUGUUGAUGCUGAUUGUUUAAUACAUUAUGACAUUCCAGAUAAUAAACACAAAUUUUCAAUGAGAUUCAGUGUUUUACAAAAUUCUAGCAAUGUUGUUAAUAAAAAUAAAGACCUAAGUACUUAUAUAUUUUUAAGCAACAAUAUUAGAGACAUGUUGCAGUUGCCAAAAGUAGUAGAAAUUAUGAAAGAUUUUGGUAAAGGUGAAGUGGAUCCAAUUUUGCUAAAACAUGCCAAGAAUAUAAGUGACUCUCUAGAAAAAGAAAAAAAAAAUUGUCUUUUAUGCAGCGAAGUACAACAAUUUGGUCAUUGUUCUAGAUCUUUAGUAUGCCAGAGUCGUCAUAUUUUAUUCAAGCAACAUGAUGAACCUAAUACUAACAUUCCUAGAUCUGGAUUAGCUGUUGUUAAAAUUUUAAAUGUUUAUGAUGCAUCUCAUAUUUCUGCUAAACUUUUAAAAGUGAAUAAUACAAAUAAUCUUAAUGAUGAAGAACAUUGGUCAAAUGUAGUAGAUCAUUCUGAUACCAUUAAUUCUAAGCUCAGUUCACACUUUUCAAAAAAAAAUUCUGAAAUUCUUCAUGAAAACCCUAACCCUGAAGAUAUAGUUGCUGUAAAGAUUGAUUCUAAUAAUUCUAGAAAAAUAACUAAUACUGGAUAUUUCAGGGCUCUUGUUAUUAAUAUAGUUGAUAAAUAUACAACAAACCCUAAAGUGAGGGUUAAGCUAAUUGAUGAAGGCUAUGUUGAAACUAUAUCGAAAUGGAAUGUAUUUGUGUUACCUGAUCUGUUAAAAAGUAUACAUACAACUACUGUCGAUAUGUUUUUGGCAUCUGUUAAACCAAUUGGCUUUGAUAAAACAUGGUGCACCCACGCUAACACUUGUGUCCUAAGACAUUUGAAGGAUGGUGAAAUUUGCAAUAAUACAUUUAUUGUAAAGAUUAAAAUGGCAUUAAGAAAUACUAUAUGGAUAAAAGCAUUAUAUGAAAAAUAUUGGGAUUCAAAAUUAAUUAAAUAUGACAUUAAAGAAAUUUUGCCUGAGGUGUUGUUCAAUUUUGGUUACGCUGAUAUAAAUUUUGAACAUAUUAACAAUUUAACAGAACUAAGUAUUUCAGCUGGUAUUGCCAAGCCAUUACAAUCAAAAAUUAAUGUUGAGAACAAUAAUGAACUCAGCAUAGAAGAAUAUAUGUCAAUUUAUGAACUGCCUCAACCUCAAUGGGCACAUCUGGACCAAAAUGUCGCUUUGGUUUCAGUAGAGUGUUUUCUUAGUCCUAAACUGUUUUUUGUUGGAAAUACCAAAUACAAUGAUGGACUUGACAAUCUUCAACUAUUAAUUAAUAAAUAUGUAGAAGAAAAACAAUUAGAAAAGUUAAAACAUGUUAUUAAAGGCGCAAUUUGUUUAGCAAAACAUCCUCAAGCAAAUACGUUUAGCCGUGUUAAAAUUAUUGAUAAAUUUGGUGAUGGGACUGUUGAAGUUUUCUUUGUGGACAAAGCUGAAUUUCUUAAUAUUCAAUUACAUUUAUUACUUACAAUACAUCCAGAUUUAAUUACUUACUUACCAUUCCAAGCUAUUGAAUGUAGUUUAAAAGGCAUUAAAGAUACAUUACCUACAGGCAAUGAGCUAAAUGAUCCAAUCGACUAUUUAUUUGAUAUGACUGCAAAUCCAUUAUAUUUAGAAGUUACUGACACUAUUUCAUCAACAACGUUUACUGGCGGUAGUCUCUAUGAAGUGAUUUUAUAUGAUGAAAAUAUUACUGUUAAUUUAGAGUUUCAGGCAAAAUUCAGUGAAUAUUGUGAUGAUAUCCAAAUGUCUAAAAUUAUGGAUUUAAUAAAUAAUGAAUAUAAUGAAGAUAUUAAUGUGAACAAUGAUGAAGAUAUUCCAUAUGUUAUUGAUGAAACUAAAUUUGAAAUUGACGAUAUGAAUUCUGAUGAAUUGAAAAUAAAACAAGAAUUUUUUACUGAUUUUGGAACUGCGGUUUUUGGUGAAGCUUAUACAGAUAUUUUAAAAAGUUCAAACCAAAAUAUUCAAGAUGUUAAGAAAGAAGAUUCUUUAACACUCACAGAUAUAACACCAUUAAUUGAAAGUGAACCUCUUAAAGAAAACAUUAAUAUUGAACCAAUUAAAACUAAUAAAAUUAGACCUGUUGAAAAUGUAAAAAUGACUAAAGAUACAUCUAUGAAAAAUGAUUGCAAACAGAAACCUAAGGAAAAACUACGACAAAUUUGUUUAACGUGCAAUACUAAUAUACAGUCUAUCAUUCCUAUAUGCACUUGGCAUCAAGAUAAAAAUAAUAUUUAUUUAAAAUUCAAUAUUCUUGAAAUAGAUGAUUUUAACUUGGACUAUUCAAUGGAAAGUAUAAAUUUUAAAGCUCAAUUCAAAAGUUAUACUUAUGCGUUUUGUGUUAGGCUUUAUGGUUUUAUUAUGGAUAAAAGUAUAAUACAUAAACAUAAUUUUGAUGGGUUCUAUAUCAAAGCUGAAAAAUUGAUUAAAACAAAUUACAAAUGGCCACAUUUGUUUUUAUGUAAAAAGCAUCAUACAUAUGUGAAAUAUGAUACAGAACACAUUGAAACUAAAGACAAUUCCAUCUGGAUUAAAGCCAUGAACACAUUAAAAUUACAUGCCAAAGGUGUUCCCUUAAACUCAAUAGAAAAUGAAAGUACUAAUAGUGAUAGCUGUAGUGACAAUGAAGAACUCUCUGUGUAUGAGGAUUCUAUUGAUUUCUGACUCAAGUAUUUUGCAUAUAUAAUUUAAGUAUUAACAUUGUAUUCCGUUUAAAUUUUAUUGUUAACGUAUUUUAAGUUUUUUAAUAUUUUGAUUCCCAGAUGACCAGUACAAUGUAUACCUAUUUUUCAUGAAUAAAAUUAAUAUUAAUCAUGA